CUGAAAGGAACAAAAAAUAAUAUUGAUUUCACCUUUUUGUGCAGAUUAUUCAUAAAAAAUAAUUAAUGAAUCUCCACUGAUUCAUAAAUUUGUGUAUGAGAUGGAAGAAUCUCCUCUAAAUCUUGAGCUUAUUGAUGAGGCCAUCAAGAAAUUGUUGGCGGAAAAUAAAAACCAGAAAGAAAAUUCUUCCGACGAUCAUAUCCUCCUCAAUCGAUUACUUUCUGAGUUGGAAGUACUAAAAAGGGAGAGUACAGUAAAGGAAUUCGAAAAUGAGGUUAAUUCUCAUUCAGUUGGUGAGGCAGGUUUAGCAAUUGAGGAAAUCGAUCCGGAGAGGGAAAAUAGCAGUUCGGACGAGAUUCUAAAAGAGAUAAAACAAGUGAAGAAGCAGAAUUUUGUGACACAUUGCCUUCUUUCAGCUUUACUUGUGGUCACUGUGGUCUGGCAAUUAUCAGAGCUCACUCUCAUUUUGAGGCUUAAAGAUGGAGUUAGCCACCCUUUCAAAUCCUUCGGAAGUUUUCUGGGCGGUAUUAUCAAACUUCCCUUUCCGAACGGAAAAGUUGCAGAAAAAGAAGGGCACACAGAGGAUGAUUCUCCUCUCCCUCUUCAUAUUCCAGAGAUUCCCCAGAUAACUGAUUUAAGUUUAUAUGGUGACAACAAAUAAAUGUUUUGCUGUUAUUACAGUCUUCAGAACCAAAACCUGAAAAGGAAAAAGAAUAUUUUUGUGGCA